GACAAAAUAAGAAGUGAUACUCGGGCUCACCAAUUUUUGUAGGGAUGCGUGUUACAAUUCCGUAACGUUUGAUCAACCCUACUUAAUUUGAUGUGCUCUAGUACCUGCUUAACCAGUACUUUACCUAACGUGUAAGUACUGGUAACAAAACACAAAUCAAAAGAACUGAUACGCAAUGUAUUUAAAGGAGCUAUGUAUUUAAGGUAAAUGUAAUAAUAAUGAAUGAGGGAAAAGUUUAAUCAACUUAUCUGGCUUGUAAGGCUGAACUAGGGACUCGGAGUACGUGCGUGGUGAUCAGCACAAUGGAGCGCAAAAAUGGCGUCCAAGCCUGCUCGGAUGCAUGCUCGUUAAAACAAAACUUAAAACACCCUAAGCAUCCGGAGGCAAGCUAGAGAUUUAUUUAGUUAAUUUAAUUUAAACUAUUUAUUUUAGCCCUAGUUAUAUUUUGGUGCCAGGAAGGUGCACUACAAGGUGUUGGAACUCAGACACUUACCGGCACGUAAUCCACCGUGUUAAUCGACAUGAAGCCAACGCUAAACUACGUCGAUCGAGAGAUCUUACGACGUUAUUUAUCAUUGAAAGGGAUCUCGGACUUAAUAUUCGAGAACUCUUGGGUAUGUUAGAACCCAUGAUAGGGUAACUGGUGUACGUCGAGCGGUGUGCGUCUAAUCUCCAUCAUUGGCUAAUUUUACUAUAGACCUGCUCAUAAAGGUCCUCCUCUAUUCAUCCUACUUAAUGCUGAUUGAUUAUGUCACAGUAGAAUCCUUAAAAGACCAAUAGUUCGCAAAUGACAGUCGCAAUAACUAUAGAUGCUGACAAAAUGCAUUCUUCUGUAUACCUUGAGUGGCAAUUUUAGAAUGUUUGCGAUGCGUUUCUCAACACCCAAUUACAAAUUGUUACUUCAAAUCUGGUCUGCGUUGACGCCUUUUCUAACUAUUGGGAGUAAAGUGAUCGAACGCGUUGACCACUUCACCUACUUUCGAGAUCGAAUCAGUCCUGGUGAGUCAGUGAGUCGCUAAAUCUCGCGGAUGCAAAAGGCUCUACCGAUAUUUGGCAACUUAUGCCGUUUAUGCCACCGCUAUGACAUCCAGUUGUCUAUUAAGGAUGGAGUGCACUGCGCAGCAGUCCUCUCUGUCUUACCAGCUAUUGAAAGUAAACAUCAUAAAAAGGCUUCAAAGACUUGAACACUGUUGCCUUCGUAAUGUAGACCAUGUGUAUUGACACCGCCAUGUCGAUCAGUUAGAAGUCAGGUUCGAAGUUGUUGGUAAAUGAAUAAGUCAGCUGGUGAUGUGAGCCUUCAUCGUCUGAGGUGGCUGAGACGUUAUGUAAACGCCAAGCCACCGUGUACUCCUUUGUGAAGUGCCAGCUGAUGUAGUUUUUGGCUGAAAAAAUGGUAAAGGCAGUCAUACUGAAACACUGCAUCAGCCUAUGAAGUCUGAUUCGUGGUCUGAGACAUUUAAAAGGACGUAGACUUUGUGGUUGGCGUCUGUAUGACUGGUUGGCAACUCUACCUAAUAUGGCUAAGAAUCGAUAUUGAUGGCGCAGAUGCAUCAACACAUUACCUUCAUCUUAGUCGUCCUAUAGCAUUUCUUUCCUUUUGUAUCCAUUCUUCGUCGUUUAUGAUUUCCUCCUACUUUGGGUGGUUUUCUCUCUCAUUUCUCUAUCUUCUUGUUGGUCUGUACUUUGAUGUGCUGAUGUAAGGUGUGUCAACUUCAACCGUUACGCAGUUAUUCCAGUUCACUUGUUGAUUUUGACUGAUUGACUGACUUGAUUCUGAAAGGUGUCACAAUGUUGAGCAUCAGCUCUGAUCUGAACUAGAUUGAUGAAACCCUGGUUCACCUAUAGGAGCAGGAAUAUCGUAAUCUCGGGUUUCGGAUGUUCAUAUACUCCAGAAUCCAGAUAAAACGAACCAUUUAUGAUUUUGUAUAAAAAACGGGCUUCUUGAAGUAAAUACUAUUUUACAUUCCGUUUUUGUCGAAUCUUCUCGAAAGUAUGCAUAAAAUAUUUACCUGCUUCAUUUUUAGAAAUCAGUUUUCCUCCAAGAUAUUAUAUACAACUAAACAUGCAGGUGGAGUAUAAAUUCCAAGUGGAUUAUGCCAAGAGCAGUCGAUCCAGGUGCACUAAAUGCAAAAUUGAAAUCGAUCAAAAUUCCCUGCGUAUUGCGAGACUAGUACAAGCGCCUAACUUUGAUGGAAAAAUUCCUAGAUGGUUUCAUUAUCGUUGUUUUUGGGGGUCAAAGAUGCCUAUUGAAUGUACCGCAGAGAUUAAACACUUCGAUUCAAUUCGAUGGGAGGAUCAAGAAAAGAUUAGAACCACGAUCGCUGGUGAAAGUGCUUCUUCUAUGCCGGCAGGAAAGGUCCCUACCCGUAAAUUCAGUGUGAAACUAGCAGACAGUAAUUUAACAUGUAGUCAUUGUCAGAAACCAUUAAUGCAUGAACGUCAUACAGUGUGUGAGUCUGGUAAGAAACCUAUCUUCAUGUGCCAUCUCUCUUGCUUCCUAAAAAGUAAUGAUUGCCCAGAAGAUAUUUCUCAACUGACAGGAUUUCGGAAGCUGCCCGCUGUGGAUCGAGAGGCGAUUCAAAUUUCGUACGCUGAAAUCUCGAAGGAAAAUCGGAAACGUCCGGCUCCACAACCAGUUGAACAGAAUUUGAAGUCGAAAAAAGUUAAAGUGAAUGAUGAUACUGAACAGGAGGAAUUACGAAAACAAAAUAAAUUGUUAUGGAGUUUAAGAGAUAAACUGGAAAGUGAAGUAUCAAAGGAAGCCUUGAUUGGCCUGCUUGAAUAUAAUAAACAACAUAUCCCAUCCGGGUUAUCUCGUCUACUCGAUGCAGUUGCAGAUGCAAUGACUUUCGGUGCAUUGCCCAACUGUCCAAGCUGUAAGAAUGGACCACUAUAUUACGAUAAUGGACAGUAUCAGUGCAGUGCUAUGGCUACUGAAUGGGUUCGAUGCCUUUAUCACACACGAACACCUGAUCGAAAAAAGUUCAACGUUCCUGAAGAGUAUUAUGAUGUUGACUUUUUAAAGAAAUACAAGUUUGUCAAACGUACACGACUAUUUCCACCAGAUUCAGUUUCUGGUGUAACCGGUCCUUUAACUGGUCUAUUCUUCUUCAUAACAAACGGAUCAUUCGAUAGUGGAAAAUCAAGAGAUCAAUUAAUGCGUGACUUUGCAAAUCUUGGUGGUGGUAUAAUGAAUAAGCUCAGCGUUAAUUCAAUUGUUGUAUCAACACUGAGUGAAAUGAAAUCUGAGAAAAAUGUUGAUAUUAAUACAGUGGCUGCAUCAAAGGAAGCAAUUACAACAGCACGUGCUUAUGGUCUACGUGUUAUUAGUGAAACUUUCUUGUCUGAAUUUAAUUCGAGCAAAUCUGAUCCAAAAAAAUUUGAAGGUAAAAUUCAACAAUUAUUGGCCAAGCAUACAAUAUCCAAUUGGGAAGUAAAGGUUCGAGCAUCUAAAGUCGAUAAAUGGGAGAAAAAGUUAGGUGAUUUAGAGGGGGAUGAUCAAGAAAUGAUGCGAAUGACACUUAAAAAUGGUGCAGUAGUAGAUCCACAAUCAGAGCUGGAGAAUAAAGCUUCAGUAUUAAAAGAUGAAAAAGGUGAAUUUAUGACAGCAGUCCUUGGCAUGGUCGAUUUAGUCAAAGGUUCAAAUUCAUUUUAUAAACUUCAAGCACUUCAGUCUGAUAAAUCAGCACGUUGUUGGGUGUUUCGUGCAUGGGGUCGUAUAGGCACACCUAUUGGUGGCACAAAAACUGAAUCAUAUCCCAAUGCAACUUCAGCACGUGCAGCAUUCCGAGGAAUUUAUCUUGAGAAAACUGGUAAUCAAUGGGAUGAUCGUAAAAAUUUCCGAAAAAUACCCCACAAAUUUUAUGAAAUGGAGUUGGAUUACAAUAAUGCUUCGAAUACUAAAGAAAUUCAAAGUAUGAAUAGUAGUGUACCGUCGAAAUUGCAUCCAACUAUUCAAUCUCUUCUAAAGUUUAUUUGUGAUAUUAAAUCUAUGGAGAAAGCUAUGGCUGAAUUUGAACUUGACUUAAGAAAAAUGCCAUUGGGAAAGCUAUCUCGUAAUCAAAUUCGUGAAGCCUAUGAAAUAUUGAAUUCACUUAGUCAACUUGUCAGUAAAAAAGCAUCCCGUAUAUCAUCGAAGAAUAAAUCACAACCAACUUCUCUAGAUCAAACACAAGUGUUAAGUGAAUCUACACGUUUCUACACUUUAAUUCCUCAUGAUUUUGGCAUGAAAACACCACCAUUAUUGGAUAAUAAGAAAGUGAUUACAACAAAAAUACGUAUGCUAGAAGAUUUACUUGAAAUUGAAUUAGCGUAUAAAAUGCUACAAACCAAAGGAGAUUCUGAAAAGAAUCCACUGGAUGAACACUAUGAUCAAUUGCAUACUAAACUGGAGCCAUUAGAUAGUAAUUGUGAAAACUACAAGCGUAUUUUGGAUUAUGUUCGUGAAACACAUGGAGCUACGCAUACUCAAUACACACUGGAAGUGUUGGAUAUCUUUGAAGUUCAUCGAGAUGGAGAAGAGGAACGUUAUGCCAAGUGUAAAAUUGCUCAACACAAUAAACAACUACUAUGGCAUGGAUCUCGUCAAACCAAUUGGAUAGGAAUAUUAUCUCAAGGCUUAAGAAUUGCACCGCCUGAAGCUCCAGUCACUGGUUAUAUGUUUGGCAAGGGUAUUUAUUUUGCAGACAUCGUCAGUAAAUCAGCUAAUUAUUGUUUCGCUACACAGUCACAACCAGAAGGUGUCUUAUUAUUGUGUGAAGUUAUUCUAGGCGAUGUGAAUGAAUGCUUACAAGCUGAUGCAACCGAUUUACCACCGAAGUAUCACAGUCGUAAAGGCGUUGGCUCUGUUACACCUGAUCCAUCUACACAUUACACUAAUGAAGAAGGUGUUGUCUAUCCUAUCGGUAAGCCUGUCGACUCAAAAGUUCCCAACACAACUUUAUGCUAUAAUGAAUAUAUAGUGUAUAAUGCGUCUCAAGUGAAACAAAAGUAUCUUGUUCGAGUUAAAUUUCUAUACAAAUAAGGCAAAAUAAAAACAAAACCUAUUGAAACUUUCAUAUAAUAGGUGAUUGUUUGUAAUUGUAUUCACCUACAUGAAGUUCUUAAAGCUGCCAUUUUUACACAUACACACAUGUCAAUUCCUUCGGUGUUUGUUUGUCGCUUAUCUCGGUGUCAGUUAUUCUUUAUAUUUUGUAACCUUUACCAUUUUGAGAAGUUAGAGUCUUGCUCCUUUUUUUUUAUUGCAUUUAUAUUCGCUCAUUUCCAUAUCGAGAAAUUAAGAUUUUUGGUUUAUUCAUUUGUUAUAGGCUUCACUUUCAUCUCAGAUCACUUUCCAAAAUUGACAAAAUAUAGAUCAUAUUCAUACAUUUGAUAG